CAUUUUACAAUUUCGUUCGCAUUCCGCAGCAGGGAGGGUCGUCGCUUAAGUUUUGUAAAUGUAAACAAACACAUGCCACUGGUGGCUGUGUCACCGCAGCCUGCACGGGCUUCUGAAAACCCUAACAAUAAGGAUAAAUACACGCCAAAAGGUGCUGCUGGCUGCUGAUUUCAUCUAAAUGAAGAGAAAGCAAGGAGAUUGUGAUUGUGAGGAGACUGUGAAGAGACUCACUUCAGCAGGAACCUUACUUCCAGAUAAGCAUCUGUGUCAGCCACAACAAGUGAGAGCUGUCGAGUUUCAGACUGCAGGAGAAACAAGUCCCCUAUUAGAAGUACCUCCAGGAGUGUCAGCAGUUGAAACUGUGACUGUUUCUACAUCAGUUGCUGUGACUGGGGCUAGAGAUUCCUGCAUACUUGGAAGAACCGUACCAUACACCUUGCCUGGUUCUCAUACCUCUGCAUUAGUCCUUUCUCAGUUCCAUCGGUGUCAGCACCUAAAUCAGCUGGAAUCAAGACAGAUACUCAUGAAACAAUUCAAGAAUCACUGACUGAGAGACAACAAAGGCUUUCAAAAAGAUUUGAUGCUUUGAUUCGAGCAAAGAU